CAAUGUAUGUAUAUAUAUAAACCCUGGGUUUCUUUUAGUUGCUUCCCCCGUUUGCCUUUGUCCGCCGCCCUCCGUCGUCCAGUCCGCGCCACUCAGAUUCUCCUGUUUUGUCUAUAUUCUCAAGCAAGCACGCAUGAAGAUUGAAACCCAAGUUCUGCCUCAAGAUUUGAUAACUGAAAUUCUUUUGAGGUCGCCGGUGAAGUCUCUUGUACGCUUCAAGGCCGUGUGCAAGUUUUGGCGCUUUCUCAUAUCGGAUCCCCACUUUGCAAUAUUACAUUUUGAGCUUGCUACUCCUAAACCCAUGUUCACAAAUUUCCAUGAGUCCAUUUUCACCAUGGACUUAGAUGCACCCCUUGACUCUGAUCCUUUAUCAGAAAAAAUUAAAAUUGACUUUUUGCCGCCCAUCUACUACUGUACUGAAUUUUUGGGUUCAUGUAGAGGCUUUAUACUAUUUGAAUGUUAUCAUCGUUGUGAUAAUCCUGAUAGACCCCUCUACCUGUGGAAUCCAGCUACACGUGUUCACAAAACAAUACCUCCAUCUCCUUUAUAUGGUCCCCCUAGUCCUAUAUAUUAUGACUUUUAUCCUCGUCGAUAUUCCGAGUACUCAAGGUUUUAUCAUGUAUUUGGUUUUGGGUAUGAUUCAUCAAAAGAUGACUACUUGGUGGUUAAACUCUCCAUUCGACCACUUUUUCCCAAUAGAGAUUUUGCACUUGUGCAGUUUUUCUCAUUAAGAGCUAAUAUGUGGGAAAAUAUUGAGUUUACUGAUUCGCCUUGUUUGGACCUCUCUAAAGAACGAAGACCCGGGUUGCUCUUCAAUGGGAUCCUUCACUGGUUGGUUUAUGACAAAGAUAAAUCAAUGAAUGUUAUUAUUGCUUUUGAUUUAAUGGAAAAGACACUUUUUGAGAUACCUCCACCAGAUAAUAUUGCCCUUGAUCAUUCAUCUUGUAAUUUGUGGGGGCAUUCAAGUUUUUUGAGUCUAUCGCUUGUGGGGAGUGAUACAAUUGAUAUAUUUGUUAUGAAAGAAUACAAACUACAAUCAUCUUGGACCAAGACUCAUGUUCUAUCUUUCAGUGGUAUUCCCUGUCCAGACCAAUUAGGCCCAGACCAAUUAGGCCCACUGUGUUCUACAAAAAGUGGUGAUAUUGUUGUGGAUUAUGAUUCAGGAGUACUGGUGAAGUAUAAUGCUAAAGGAGAACAACUAAGGGUUUGGGAGGACCGUUUUCUUCGUGUAUCUCGAGUGCCCAUGUAUACAGAGUCUAUCCUUUCACUCCCUGGGGUGAGUGAGCAAAGCUGAAAAUGAAAUUGAUACUUAUUUUUAUUGUGAAAUUUUAGCUUGAAGCUUACCUAGUUGUUAUGUGGGUAAUUAUUUUUAUUUAAAAUAAGAUUUUUGUUA